UGUUGCGGAGUCCGAGCCCGCCCGGCUCAGCUCAGCCCAGCUUAGCCUGGCGGGUCCUGCCCAGGGAAGCAGCUACCAUGACGGGAAGUAACAUGUCUGAUGCCCUGGCAAAUGCCACAUGCCAGCGCUGUCAGGCCCGUUUUGAUCCAUCUGAAAGGAUUGUGAACAGCAACGGGGAGCUGUACCAUGAAAAUUGUUUCGUCUGUGCCCAGUGCUUCCGGCAGUUCCCAGAUGGACUCUUCUAUGAGUACGAAGGUCGCAAAUAUUGUGAACAUGACUUCCAAAUGCUGUUUGCUCCCUGCUGUGGGACAUGCGGUGAGUUCAUUAUUGGCCGUGUCAUCAAAGCCAUGAACAACAACUGGCACCCAGAAUGCUUCCGUUGUGAACUGUGUGAUGUGGUUCUGGCUGACCUGGGCUUCGUGAAGAAUGCUGGGAGGCACCUGUGCAGACCCUGUCACAAUCGGGAGAAAGCCAAGGGCCUGGGCAAAUACAUCUGCCAGAAGUGUCACCUAAUUAUUGAUGAGCAGCCCUUGAUGUUCAAGAAUGACUCUUACCAUCCGGACCACUUCAACUGUACCCACUGUGGGAAGGAACUUACUGCGGAGGCCAGAGAGCUAAAAGGGGAACUUUACUGCCUGCCCUGCCAUGACAAGAUGGGGAUUCCCAUUUGCGGAGCUUGCCGGAGGCCCAUUGAAGGCCGUGUGGUCAAUGCCCUAGGAAAGCAAUGGCAUGUGGAGCAUUUUGUCUGUGCCAAAUGUGAGAAACCAUUCCUGGGUCACCGUCACUAUGAGAAGAAGGGCUUGGCAUACUGCGAGACACAUUACAACCAGCUUUUCGGGGACGUCUGCUACAACUGCAGCCACGUGAUCGAGGGAGAUGUGGUGUCAGCCCUCAAUAAGGCCUGGUGUGUGAACUGCUUCUCCUGCUCCACCUGCAAUAUUAAACUCACACUGAAGAACAAAUUUGUGGAGUUUGACAUGAAGCCUGUCUGCAAGAAAUGCUAUGAAAAAUUUCCUCUGGAGCUGAAGAAAAGGCUGAAGAAGCUGUCUGAAUUGGCCUCCCGAAAAGCUCACCCCAAGUCUGUGGAUUCUAAUUCUUUCUGAAAAGCCUUUACUGUGGUUGUUUCCUCACCUCUGCCAUGCUGACCUCUUUUUCCCUAUCUGCUCCUCCUCUCUGCUCUUUCUUUCAUCUUCCUUUUCUCCUGUUUCUACUUCUCUUGCUUUCACCUUUCUUCCCCAUUUUCCUUCAUAUUUGUUGUCCUCUUCCUGACAUCUCUUGCAUACACUGAUUGGAGCUCUAAAUCUAAGAGGGUUCACUACAGCAGAUCCUGCUGAGGGUUGAGGAAAUAGAGCAAGAGGGAGGCUCUAGGAGGUGGAUGAGGCCUGUACACUGUAUUCCCAUAGCCCACAGCUAGUUUGCUGCUCUCACCGCCGCAAGCAUUUCCCAACUCUAGCUUCUGUGAUCCUCAGAGAGUUUUCUAGCGACAUUCACUUUGAGAUUAAACCACCCAGUAAGUGGGAAUACAACUGAAUCCUGUUGUUUGGAAGUGCACCAGUCCACCAUUUAUGGACCCAACUAAGAAUCCUUUGGAAGUCAUGGCUCCUUUUUCCUUCAUUCCUUGGGAGAUCUUACAGCUCAGUGGGCAAUGGCCUUCCCAUUCCCUUUCUACAAGCUCUCUUUCCCUGGUGAUUCAAACUUCAUCUGGCUGAGAAAUUCCCUUCUUCUUUUAGGGUUGGGAUUCUUGACUUGGAGACCCACCCCCAGUGGGUCUAUGGAUAGAUUUCAGGAGGUCUGUGGACUUGAAUGGGGAAAAUAUAUAUAAAUAUAUGCAUAUAUAUAUAUAUAUAUAUAUAUAUAUAUAUACACAUACAUCUAUUUUUCCCCUCCUGUAGUUGAUUUCCUUUGUAACUGUACACUUUUAAGCAUUUAAAAACAUAAUUCUUCAAGGGGUCCAUAAGCUUCACCAGACUCCCAAAAGGGUCCAUGAAAUAAGAAUUGUUAAGAUCCCCUGCUUUGGGGCCACAUCAGACUCUGCUGAGAUGCCUUAAACCAUCAGUGAGGUGGCUUUCUCACUCCCAGAGUCUUGGCCACCUUGCAGCUGGUGUGGCCCUAUUAGAUUCAGUUUAGCUAAACAAGUAUUCAUUGAGCAUUCACAGUCCUAUGCUAGAGGCUGUGGAGGAGCCAAGAGCAGGCAAAACAACCAUCUCCCAUUUAUAGAAUGCUCCCAAUUUUACAUAGCGCUUUUCUUGCAACCACCCUGUGAGAAGACAUAGUCUUUUCCCUUAAAGAGACCACAGUCCAGCUGGGGAGACAAGAAUUAAACACCUAACACAUUUCAAAAACCAUACCUCCUAACAACAGAUAAUGACAUGAAGGUUUGUGGGCUGCAAAUCAUAAGUGCUUUAGAAGGACAGCAGAAACAGAUAGAUAGACAGACAGACAAACCGGCAUGGACUGGAGUACUGAGAAAGGAGGAAGCAGGACUGUCUGGGCCUGGAAGGAUGGACAAGCCUUGGUGAGGUGAAAAAGCAGAGGGUGGAUGUUGAAAGUGAAGGGAACAGGAAUGAACAUAGCCUUCCAGUAUGGCCUGGUGAAAGGCUAGAUAAUGCAAAGUCUGUGUGCCUACAGUCAUUGAACCCUUGGGCCAGAAAAAUCAGUCUAGGCCCAAGGGAUGGCUUUCUUCUAUAAGACCAUACUUAAGAGGGAAGUUAUCCUCAAGUUAUUCCUAACAGGCUUGCCUGCCUAUUGACUUUCUUCAAGUUCCUGGGGAGGGGCUAAAUAUUUUAUCCUCCCCUGGAAUUUCAGUGGCUUUAGCCAGACCCUACAGUGUGGUGUGGAGCUAAUGAGUUUGGCAGGUGCAGGGCACGGAGCAAGAGCAAGAGGAAAGAAGGAAACAUCUGUAGGAUUGACAGAAACCUGCAAUCCAUCUAUUGUUAAGUGCUCAUCAAGCACCUUUUGUCUAUCUUUAUCCCCAAAGACUACUUGCCUGAGGAGGAUGGGUGGGUGAAAUAAAUGAACAGCCCAUCUGGUCCCCUAUUGCUCAGCACCAGAACAUCAUACGGUAUCAUUACAGAAAGAGAGAGCUGAGAAGGACCUUAGAGGUCAUCAUGUGCAAUCUCUUUGACAGAUAGAGAGGAAGGGCUUUGACUUUAGGUUACAAGGCAGGUGAUGGACUUGGGACUUGAACUUAUUCCCAGCCCUGCAUGGUGCUGCCUCACUGUAAUGAAACCUGCUCUUUGACUCCUCUACCUUUCCUAUUUUGGGAUCCCUAUUUAUUAUUUGCAUAAGGACAUCACAUAGAAUAUAGAGCAUUCACAUGCACUGACUCGCAGAGCCUGCACUAGCAAUUUCUACACAUCUCAGUACUUAUAGACAGAAAACAUGAAAUGGUUUCUUUUCUUUUAAUCUUCCCUCCAACCGUCAGGACAGCUUUCAGCUGGCUUUGAUUCAGGAUAAUUUUCUUAUAAUGGUUGGCUUCUCCGGCUGGAGAGAAGAUUCACAGUCUCCUAGAAUGUUAGGUUUAAGGAAGCCUCAUGCAUCAUCUUAUCCAUCCUCAUUCUACAAAUGAAGAAACUGAGACAUGGAGAGGGUUAAGUCUCUCGUUCAAGAUCAUGUGUCUAGUUAGUACUGGAAGAAGGUCUAGACCCCAGGGUUCCUGAUUCCCAGUCUGAGGUUCUUUCAUUAUAUUGUACUGAUGCAUGUCUGGACUGCAGUAAGAGCUAUUGUUUCACAUUGAGGAAAGCAAGGGCUCAACCUCAUAGAUGCUCUUGUGUUGAGGCUGACUUGGGAUGAGUGCAUGGUCAUGAGGAAGGGAGAAAGAACAUUUCCAUUGAGUCCUGGGGGAUGGACCCCUUUGUAAGUAUUGGUUUGAGGCCACUGAACCCAUACACCGUAAUCCUGUAUGUACCAAUGUUACCUAUCAACUACAACACAUGAGAUUUAUGGUAAUUCAUUCUUAUUGCUUUGCACAAUAAAGAUUUAUAAGAAUAAA